AUGCCUCCUAAAACCAGAAGGAAGCCUAACCCUUCUUCAUCAAAGAAACAUAAUGUUUCCAACAAUCAAUCUCAAGUUCAACCCUCCAAGUUCGGCAUCCAGCAUUUCUUCGAACGCCAUUCCCAAAACGCCUUUUUAGCUUCCCAGCACAAGAACAAUCACCCUUCUUCUCCUCUCGUACCACCUUCCGCUAACUCUCCCACUAAUCCUAUAUCCCCUCCCAAAUCCAGUACCGCUGCUUUGCCUCUCGAAGAAGACCCUGCAAACGGCGUCGUUUCCAUCCCGCGAAACCCUAACAUCCAUUCCGAUUCGUCUCCGGCGGUGGAGGUUGCUGAUGAGGUGUCGCCUUUGAUCACAAAGUCUACCUCUCUCAAGCGCUUCAGUUUUUCCCCUGGAAUGUUGAUAAAGCAGAGCCAAGAUGAUGUAGGGGAUGAGGUUACAUGGAAGAUAUCUCCGGUCAACGAACGUCUUCUAACAGUCUCAAAGUACAUGCCCGGAUUAUCUACUUCCUCAAAGAACAACACUUCCACAAUACAACAAUGCUCUCAGACCAAGGGUACGAAUACGGCUGCUAAGGUUGACAAGUGGCUUUCAUCGCCAUCCCCCAAAGGCAAAGCUGACAGAAAGCCUUUGCUUCAGGCCAAUAGGGUUGGAUUGAAAAGAUUGAACCCUUUUCAGGAUAAAGGGGUCGAUGAGAGCAAUACAGAUGAGAAUACUUGUUUGGCUAGUAGACCGACUCCAUUCUGCACUCCACCUUCUCUACCUUAUUGUCCUAAUAAGCUUACCAGUGGUGUUGCAUCUCAUCACCGGGGUUUGAAGCAGCACAAAAAGGCAUUGCUUGAACUUCUAGAUCAAGUAGAAGAUGUCAUAUCUGUUGAGGAUUUUGUACCCAUUGAAUCUGAGCCAUAUUUAUCUAAAGUGCAAGAGGGACAGUCAAAAGAUAUUCCUGUAACAGCUAAUUCAAUAGGUAAUGAUGUGGUAAUGGACACAACAAACAAAGUCUCCGGGACAUCUUCUAAUGAUUAUUUCCUAGUAUUGGAGGUAUCUGAGAAGCGAACUUCUCCCGAGCCUGGUGGUUCUCUAUGCCAAUAUAAGGUUCUUCGCUUGGUAAAUGAGAAAAGUGGGGAAGAACGUGCUGUUUAUUUGUGGGAAGAGUGGUUCUAUAGUAUUAUUGCCCCAGGAGACACUGUCAAUGUCAUUGGUGAAUUUGAUGAAGAGGGAAAGUGUAACGUGGAUCAUGAAAAUAAUUUUCUUAUCAUUCAUCCAGAUUUUCUGGUCUCUGGAACUCGGGUUGCGGGCAGUUUUAGUUGCCCAAGGCGAACUGUUCUAGAUGAGAGACUACGAAGCAAUGAGCAUUCAACUGCAGCUCUUAUUGGCACCUUGCUCCACCAAAUUUUUCAGGCAGGACUUGUGAAGGAGUCCCCUACAGUAUGUUAUUUGGAAGAAUAUGCAAGAAUAGUGCUUCAGAAGAACAUGGAGAGCUUGUAUGCAUGUGGAGUAAAUGAAAAAGAAAUAUAUAGAACCUUGACUGAAGCUAUACCGAAACUAGUAGACUGGAUUGUUCUCUUCAAACAUUCACAGGAGCCACAAGUUCCCACUGUGGAUUUUGGAUCUGAUCAUGGGACAAAAAGGGUUAGCCAUUUCGAGGUAAUCGAUAUCGAGGAAUCAGCAUGGGCCCCAAAGUAUGGUCUGAAAGGAAUGAUUGAUGUUUCAGUCAGAGUGAAAUUCGAGUCAGGUGGAAAAGAAGGUGAUGAGAUGAUCAUGCCUCUAGAGUUUAAAACUGGAAAAAUGCCUAAUGGCCAGGCAUCUAUUGAACACUGUGCCCAAGUGAUAUUGUACACUCUCCUUAUGUCUGAGAGGUAUCUAAAACAUAUUGAUUCUGGUCUUCUGUACUAUCUCCAGUCAAAUCAGACACAGGGGAUUGUAGUUCGAAGAUCUGACUUGGUUGGGCUAAUCAUGCGUCGUAAUGAGCUUGCAAGUGAUCUUCUUAAGGCAUUAACAACAGAACAAUUACCCCCAAUGUUACAAAUUCCUAGCUUGUGCAAAGGCUGUCGGCAUCUUGAUGUCUGCACCCUUUAUCAUAAGGCAUUUGGUGGGGAUACUGAAAGUAGCGGAUUAGGUGAUAUAUUUGAUUCACGUGUACACCAUUUUUCAAAUGCUCACGGUGUUUUCCUCCGACAUUGGGAUCAAUUGAUUGACCUAGAAGCUAAAGAGAUGCAGCUUGCGAGGAAAGAAUUAUGGCGUUCUCAUAAUCUUAAGAAUGGGGACUCUACUGGUCGCCUUUCUUCUCUUGUUCUCGAUAAACUUCCACAACAGGAACCUCCCAAAGAAAACAGAUUCAUCUAUCAUUUUGUGCGUCGACAUUCGCCUGCUUCCAAUUUAUGUGGACCUGAUAGAAAUUCUAGUGCUGCCACUUCUUUGACCAAAGAUUUGGAUUGCACGCUUAAAAGUGGAGAUUAUGUGAUACUUCGCACUGAAUCUGGCCACCAAAUUGUUGCAACUGGGGUCAUUGCGGAUAUCAGUCCUGACCGUGUUUCUGUUUCUUUUUCUAAGGGUUUAAGGCUUCCAGGGGGUAAUUUUUCUUCGAUGAAGGAAAAACUAUUCCAGGAGGUCUGGCGAAUUGACAAGGAUGAAAUCAUGAACUCCUUUCCAAUUAUGCGGUUCAACCUUAUCCAAAUGUUUCUAGAAAAUGAGCGAAGCUCUCAUCUGAGGAAGAUGAUUGUUGACCUUGCGCCUCCUAGAUUUGACAGUGGGUGCAUAUUCAGUCAAGAUCCAGCAAUAUCUUAUAUAUGGUCUGAGAAGAGCUUAAAUAAUGAUCAGCGUAGAGCUAUUCUCAAGAUACUUACUGCAAAGGAUUAUGCUCUAAUUCUAGGAAUGCCAGGAACGGGUAAGACAUCUACAAUGGUACAUGCCGUAAAAGCCUUGUUGAUGAGAGGUGCAUCCAUUUUGCUUACGUCCUACACCAACUCUGCAGUUGAUAAUUUACUCAUCAAAUUAAAAUCUCAGAGCAUUGAUUUUGUGCGCAUAGGAAGACAUGAAUCUGUGCAUGAUGAAAUUAAGGGCAAUUGCUUUUCAGGGAUGAACCUAAAUAGUGUUGAAGAAAUUAAACUGAAAUUUGACCAAGUGAAAGUUGUUGCCGUCACUUGCUUGGGCAUCACUAGUCCCUUGCUCUCUGGAAAGAAAUUUGAUGUUUGCAUUAUCGAUGAAGCUGGACAGACAAGCUUGCCAGUGUCACUUGGACCCUUGAUGUUUGCAUCUACAUUUGUCCUAGUUGGAGAUCACUAUCAAUUGCCGCCCUUGAUUCAGAGUAUUGAGGCUCGAGAAAAAGGGAUGGGAAUAAGUUUGUUCUGCAGGCUAUCAGAAGCACAUCCACAGGCAAUUGCACCACUGCAAAGCCAGUACCGUAUGUGUCAAAGUAUCAUGGAACUGUCCAAUGCAUUGAUAUAUGGCGAUCGACUAUGUUGUGGUUCUCCUGAAAUAGCUAAUGCAAAACUGAAGUUCACAAAACCAAUCUCUUGUUCACCGUGGCUAAAAACUGUUUUAAAUCCAUGCAAGCCAGUCAUUUUUGUUAAUACAGAUAUGUUGGCUGCUUUAGAGGCUAGAGACCAGAGAACUGUGAAUAAUCCGAUGGAAGCUUAUAUAAUUGCAGAGAUAACAGAUGGAUUAGUUAACAAUGGAAUUGAAGGCAAAGAUAUUGGCAUCAUUACACCUUAUAACUCACAGGCAAAUCUCAUCAGACAUGCUGGCAAAGCAUCCGUGGAGACUCAUACUAUUGACAGAUACCAGGGAAGAGACAAGGACUGCAUACUGGUAUCCUUUGUUAGGUCUACUGAGAAUCCUAGAGACUGCACUACUUCACUGCUUGCAGACUGGCAUAGGAUUAACGUUGCUCUAACACGACCCAAGAAAAAGUUGAUCAUGGUGGGGUCAUGCAGAACCCUGUCGAAGGUUCCAAUGCUUAAGCUUCUUAUUGACAAAGUUGAUGACCAAUCUGGUAUUCUGAGUUUGUCCAACGAGGAUAUCAACCACCAAUCGCCGACGCUUCAAAGAUGCUCUCAGUCGUCGAUCAUAUAGGUUUUAAAAUUUUUGACCCCAUACAUUUUUCUUGCAA